UAGCGUUGCUACGGGGUGCGAGAAGGACCAUCGCACGCGUUUCCCCCAUACACACGUCGGUGUCGCUGUUUGAGGGGCGCCGGGCAGCGCCCUGCCGAGGAUGGACGAGAAGCCCCCGGCCGCCAUCAGGCCCCACCUGGACAAACUCACCCUGGGGGUGACGCGGAUCCUGGAGACUUCACCAGGUGUUUCUGAUGUGACGUUAGUGGAAAAGGAGCCAGCUGAUCGCCAUGCAAUUAUUUCAUGGGAGCAAAAAAAUGCCUGCAUAUUGCCAGAGGAUUUAAAGAACUUCUAUCUGAUGACUGAUGGCUUCCAGAUGACCUGGAGUGUAAAAAUUGAUGAUACCCCAAUGCCCCUGGGCUCCAUGGUGAUUAAUAGUAUCUCGAAGCUUUGUCGGCUCGGAGGUUCCUCCAUGUACACCGUGCCUAAUGCACCAUCUCUUGCUGACCUGGAAGACGACACAGAUGAGGAGGGUAAUGAAGACAAACCAGAGAAACCACACUUUGAUUCUCGUAGUCUUAUUUUUGAAUUAGAUCCAUGCAAUGGGAAUGGGAAAGUUUGUCUUGUUUAUAAGCACACUAAACCAGUUGUGUCCCCAGACACUGAGAUAUGGUUCCUAGACAGAGCUCUGUAUUGGCAUUUCCUCACCAAAACCUUCACAGCCUACUACCGCCUGCUUAUCACUCACCUGGGUCUCCCACAGUGGCAGUAUGCCUUCACCAGCUAUGGAGUCAGCCCUCAAGCAAAGCAAUGGUUUAACAUGUAUAAACCUAUAACAAUCAACACAACUCUUCUCUGUGAAGAAGCUGAUUCCUUUGUAAACAAGCUGGACCCCAAUAAGGUAUUUAAAAGCAAGAACAAAACUCCAGUGAUGAAAAAGAAACAACCCUCCCAGCCAGCAGGUGUCCAAAAGAACAAUGCUAGCAUGCCCUCCACCAAGACUUCCUCUCUAGCAGGGAAUUAUUCAAGGAAGCGAGACCCACAGAUCUGACCCCAAAAAAAGCAAGAAACUUUGAUGUUUUCUGGUGCAGAAUCUCAGUGCUUCAAGAAAGCUCCAUUUGUGUGAAUAGGAUGCAGGAUUUGCAUGAAAUAUAACCAUAGGAUCACAGAAUCAUAGAAUACUCCAAGUUGGAAUUGACCUAUAAGGAUCAUCAACUCCAACACCUGGCUCUACGCAAGACCACUCAAAACAGCCAUAUCAUUGUCCAGACACUUACUGAGCUCUGCCAAGCUUGGUGCCAUGACCACUGCCCUGGGGAUCCUGUUCUAUGCCCACCACCUUCUAGUGAAGAACCUUUUCUUAACGUCCAGCUGCCCCUCCCCUGGCACAGCUCCAUGCCGUUCCCUCAGGUCCUGUCACUGUCACACAGAGCAGAGCUCAGCACUGCCCUCCAUUCCUGUAAGAAGCUGCAGCCGCCAUGAGGCUCCUCUCAGCUCCUUUACUCUGGACUGAACCAACCAAGGGACCUCAGCCUCUCGUUGCCCUCUGGACCCUUCAUGGGAGGGCUGUAUUUCCAGGCAACUUGGAUAACAAACCUUGAGACACUGAUUUAAUUCCCUCCUGUUUGCAGUAUGUACUUUUCAGAGGGCAUGAAGAAGCCCUUGAUGUCACUGCUCUGUAGGGAACCUGUUAUUCCUGUAUAUAACUACAGCAGUGAAAUGAAAGUAAAUGUAAGUCACUGUUACUUUAAUAGAUCACUCAUGCUGAAUUAUGGAGUAUAUUUCUGUCGUUUCCUUUCAAAGUAAAGUGUUCUGACCUUGCAUGCUAUGGGAGCAGGCUGGAACCCACAGAACGAAGAGAUAUCUUCCACUUCAGACAGACUCAAACUCUGCAUUUCCUGUGCUCCUUCCAGCUUCUGCUGAUUCACACUACAGAGGAGCCCAAGGCUUCCACCUGUCUGUGUUGGCCUAGAGACAUUUGCUCUACAGUCCAUACCACUUCUUAGCCUUUGUACCAUUUCUUUUCAGAUAGUGAGGUCUGUAUGAUGUCCUUUCCAAUUAGCCUGCCAGCAAUCAGAACCUGCAAGGUCCUUCGCUGUCUCCACUAUCUCCUCUUGUGGGAAAUGCUAAGCUAGGGCAGCUGCUGGUGGGUCUUCUGUGUUAGGGUCCUGUAAGACAGGAUGGCCCCUUGGUUUUCUAUACUGGACAUUUUCAGGGUAGAACUGCACUUUAGCACAUUGAUUUCUGAUGUUCAGUUGCAUACAUUUCUAUUACUUUUCUGUGCCUGUUUGUCCUCUUAGAUGUGCUGAAACCACCUGGUAGCAUGUUUUAUGCCUAAGCAGGGAAAUAAAAGUCACCAUCUCCAAAUCAGAGUUGAUUACUUAAAUAACAGCGUUUUUUUUAAUUUAUGCUCACAUAAUUACAUAAGACCAACCUACCUCACAGGGAUGUUGUGAGUCUUUUGCAAGUAAGUGUUUGUAUGAUCUUCAGGAAGAUGAAGCCACCCUGUUAAGUGCUUAAUAGUAUUUUAAUAAAGAUUUAAAUAUUUUCCUCCAGAGUCAUUGGGUAUUUGAAAUACCUUUGGGGGCACAUGCACAAGGAUGUACGUAACAGUAGGGUGUAGGUUGGAUUGUUUUUGUUUCAAUGCAGCAGAGAGUCUUUCACUGAGAAGCAAUAAGUUACAGCAUCUUUUAAGCUGGUCCCACCCUGAGCUGCGAAGACUCAUCUGUGUGAUAGCCUUUUUACUUCCAUCCUAUGUUCAUUGCUCAAAAUUUCUGCAGCCAGCAUCUCUGGCUCUGACGGGGAUGCUUUGCUGGCUUCUAGCAUGCACUUACUGCAACCCACCCUUAAUGGACAUUGCUCAGAGACCCCAAGAGUUGCCUGACAUCUGCCCUCCACCACCCUCUACAUAAGAAAAUCCUCCAGUGCUUUUUUGCCGUCUUAAACUGCUGAGUAUCUUGUGUCUGGAGUAGCUGCUCUACUAAUAAAAGGUGAACUCUAAUGAGGAAACAGAUACGGAACCUACCAUCUAAUCCCAUGCCAUAGUAAUACUGUAGUGUGACAUGAAUGGUUGUUAAAGCCAGUAAAUGCCGGUUUCUCUGUAUAACAGUGAUGAUCUGUCAGUUCCUAGCCUUGUAGAGUUGUGUUGUGUCUCGGUAGUGUCCAGUCCUUGUACCGCAGUCAUAUCCCUGACAUAAGUACCAUACCAUCUCCCAUAAAGUUUGCCUUAUGACCCAGCCUGGUGAUAGGCUGAUACUGCUGGUAGUACAGACAGUGCUGCAGAUUUGCAAGGCUACUCCUUGCCCAUUUCCUCAUUCAGAUGUAUGUUGCAGAAUUAACUCAAGAGCACAGUCAUGUAUUCCCAUGUUUCUCUUACAAUCAAAGUGGAGAACUGAGGGGUUUUUUUACAUUUGGAGAUACUGCCACAGAAGUUGUCUCAAUCCUCUCAUAAGGUUGUAGUUUAGUUAAAGUCUAAGCCAUCAGUAUUAAUACAUGUGGCUCCAUCCCACCUGCACAGUACAAAACAUCUAGCCUGUUCCCGUGAGGUUAUGUCCAGCAAGGAAAACCCUCCAGUUAGUUUCUUUAGCCGGCUGUCCUUGCUUUUCUCUACAGACUCUCAAGGCCAGACUGAAUGGCGCCUUUGGCAGCCUGAUGAGUGGCUGGCAGUCCUGCCCAUUGCCCACUGCAGGCGGCUGGAGCUGGAUGAUCUUCAAGGUCCCCUCCAACACAAGCCAUGUUCUGAUUCUUUGUGUUCUGACAAACUGGAUAAUAGUUAAGGUGGCAGAUUAGCAAAUGGAAACAAGUCUGAACCCCUGAUGUAAUAUCAGUGCAAUAUCUACUAUUUUUAGAAGAAUAUUCCAGAUCAAAACUUCUUUGUUUCUACACAGUGUAGGUAUUCCCUGAUUUCCAAUCAACUGGUUCUUCUCAGGUCUGCCCAGUGUCUCAGAGACCCUGUUUGUCUGGUUAAGCAGAAUGUAUUUAUUUUGAGCUACUCUCUCAUUUAUCCCCAUUUGCAGGGUGAGCAAAGCAUGCACCUCACUUGGUGUCAAUGCAUGUGCCCACCCAGGCUUUGCUGUCAGGAUGUUUCCUGGGAGUACAUGGCCAUCACAACGUGGAACUCUCAAUGACUGUCUGUGUCUGUUCUUUCUCAUUUCCAUGCUCCUGGACGUGUUGAUUGUGAAUAUCAAUGAGGAUUUUGUAGAUUAAACCACCAGCAAGACUUCCCAGUACCGGAGCUACGAGUGGCACCCACCACCAGUGAUUUCCAGCCCUAAAAUGAAACACAGAAGAGGCAUCCAGUGAGCCACAUAGGAGCUGCUGCCCUGCUGCUGUGAGGAAAAUCACUUAUUCAUUACAAGAGUCCUUGUCUGUAUACCAUCCUUCCAACAAAACCCAGCCAGGACUCCAAGGGAUGCAACCAGCACAUUUCCAGCUGCACUGAGGACCAUGGAGCUGCUGAAGGUCAGAUGCUGUCCCUCCUCCUGUUCUGUUCCCUUAUGGGGCUCAGUGAGGAAAGAGCUCACAUGGGAUAAGAGCUCUAAAAUCUCCCUUGGACUUUCCUACUGCAAAGGAUUGUAUCCUCCCUAUACUGAAUGCCCUGGCAGGGCCCCUCAGACUUGUUCUUUAUGACCCAGGGCAUCCAGCCACUGAAGAAAAGAAAGGGAGCAGAAAGGCAAAUGGUUUGCUCAGCUCAGCUGGGGAGUCACAGCAAUCUGCACUCUGACUUCCAUUGUGUGCAAAACUACCUGUGUGGCAGGAGUGAACCUCAAGGGGCAGGACGUGCAGUAAGAUGUGAUAGGAAGAAAGCAUCCUUUGCACAUACAGUCCUUGCCAAAGGAAAUAAGGAAUGACGUCUGUGAGGACAGGUGUGUCUGAGGGCCCCCAUGCUCACACUAACUUUAUCUUCCUCCUCUACAAAUGACUUAAAGUAUGAGUUAUUUGGAUUAUUCCCCAUUCUCUAUCUGGCCCUAAGUGCUGCUCUCAAAGCAGAAGUUCUAUAGGUGAAGACCAGGUGUGGUAAAUUGGCACUAGACCUUUGCAGAGAGGAAAUCUUGUUCUGCUAUGCACAAAGGCUCUAAACUUGGUGGGCACAUCACUGCUAACAGAGAUGGAUUAUGACUGCAAAACCUGCCUUCCUCACCCUCUUCCCCUAAGUACCUCCAAGCAGCCCAAAGGCUCAAAACCACUUCACUUCUAUGUGUAACAGAUACCGCAAGCAAGGGGAGAGUUUCUGUAUGACAGAAGCACCAUUCAUUUGCCAGCACAUAACAGCUGUAAGCAGAAUCCUGGCUGUAGGCCAUGUGCUGCAGGCACCUGCUCAGACCACCCCAUUCUUUCCAUCAUGGCUUGAAGAAAAGCAUCAGCAUCAGCUGCAGCAUCACCAGAGGAUAACAGCCUGUUGCUGAGCAGCCCUGAGGAUGUGAUAGGAAACCUCAGACCUUACAGCUUUCUGCUGCAAAUGCUGCUUUCACUCGUGCUGCACACACACACAUCAGGGCACACCUCCUCCUUACCAUCAGCACGUACGUUCCCAGUGCUUCUGCCAGCAGCUCCCUGACGGAGCUGUUAUGGAUUGUCAGCCUCUUCUGAAUCUUCUUCAGCAUUUUGCUCUCUGGCUCCAGCCUGCAGCUGUGCAGAAGAUCCUGUUGUGACAGCACACUUCAUUGCACUGAGCUGUUACCCUUUGAAACCUGGCACCCUCCCUUCACCCUCGGACACCUUCAUUCAUUUGGUUAAAGAUGAACAACCCAAUAAAGUAGCUGCAAGCUUCAA